GAAGCUAGCUACUGCACCGUUGAGGCCAGGACAGGAUAAACAGUAGCAGUAUGAAUUCAGAGCCUUCGUCACAGUCUUCCACAACAGCGGGAGAAUCUAACAGGAGCUCACAAAAGGAAGACCGCGUUCAUGGCCGGCGCUUUGUGGUAUCGCUGUUGUUCUUGUGCCUUAUCGGAGUGGUGCCGGGAGCACUGGCUUCUGGACUGGUGACGGUGCUGUUUAGCCCCUCGAAGUCAGCUGUCUCUCCACCGACAAAAAACAGUACAGCUAAGCCUCUCGCAUGCACCACCAGUGACUGCAAUGACCUGGCGCAGUGGCUGAGGGUGAAAAUCGACCAAAAUGUGGACCCUUGCCAUGACUUCUACCAGUUCGUGUGCGAUGAUUACAAGGGUGAAUUUAGUUUAAUUAAAGUAGCGGAGUUUCCGCCGAAAAGCGGUUCAGAACAAAUGCUCACCGACAUCACCAAGGGUGGUUAG